CCCUGCCGGCCGCCCGGAGGGACCGCCCGGUCAUUGUCCCCCACGCCAGCACUCAGCAUGGCCGAGAACAGGGAGCCCCGCGGCGCCGUCGAGGCCGAGCUGGACCCCGUGGAGUACACCCUCCGGAAGCGACUUCCCCACCGCCUGCCCCGGAGGCCCAAUGACAUUUAUGUCAACAUGAAGACGGACUUUAAGGCCCAGCUUGCCCGCUGCCAAAAGCUGCUGGACGGAGGCAGCAGGGGGCAGAGCGCCUGCGCCGAGAUCUACAUCCACGGCUUGGGUCUGGCCAUUAACCGCGCCAUCAACAUCGCCCUGCAGCUGCAGGCGGGCAGCUUUGGGUCCCUGCAGGUGGCUGCCAACACCUCCACCGUGGAGCUGGUGGAUGAGCUGGAACCAGAGAUUGACUCUCGAGAGCCACUGACCAGGAUCCGGAACAACUCGGCCAUCCACAUCCGGGUCUUCAGGGUCACGCCUAAGUAGAUGGAGUGAAGCCAGACUGUCAUACACCAACUCCUGGGAGCACACACAUCCGGGCGUCAUGUGGCUGAGGUUGCUGCUAGUUCAUAGGACUCUUGUUCUCAUAUGGACCUGUUGUCAGAGCCUUGUAAGAAAAAAUAUGUUACCUCAGCCUAGAGGACGGUAAACGAGCCCAAGAAAUGAAUCCUCUUUGUCUUGUACAAUAAAAGAAUCAAGUUGUGUUGGUGCCAGG